AUGUCUGGUCACGUCUACUACCGUUUCAAAUCUCAGAAAGACUUCCAGAGAAUCAUCUUCGAAGGGAUCGGGAUCUCAGUAUGGGACUUGAAGCGCGAAAUCAUCCAAGAGAGCAAGAUGGGAAAAGGAACCGACUUCGACUUUGCUAUCUACAACGCCGACACCGACGAAGAGUACGCAAAUGACCAUGCCAUCAUUCCGCGCUCGAGCUCGGUCAUUGCCCGUCGACUGCCGCCCAAAAGACCCGGACACGGCAACGCGCAGCAGUAUGUUGGGGUUAAUUUGACAGGCUCCAACAGUCGUAACAACCCGCCUCUGACUGCUCAUGUAGAUUGGCGAGGGGGAGGGGCGAUCUCGAAAGAUUUCAGACAUCGGAACGAGACCCCCUCCAACACUCCCCCGGCUGGGACUUUUACCCCCGUGCUCACGGGCGGUGCACGCGAUUCGGAAGCAGAGAGUAUGGCUGCAAUGUUUGCUGCGCAGGACCAGCAGUGGCAGAAGACCCAAGAAACGAUGGCUACUGCAACCCGAGUAGGUAGAAAUAUGGGGUUUCGUGAUCGUGGCGGUGGCCCAAACCGGUUGAAUAAAGGUAGAGAGAAUGGUCUCAAUGGACCAAGUGGACCGGUAUCAUCUACCAACCCAAAUUCUGCUGGUAGUAACAACAAUAAUAAUGGCCAAGGCCAGCUUCACUCUCAAGCUGCUCCUCCUCAAGGUUACAUUUGCUACAGAUGUGGUCAGAAAGGGCAUUGGAUCCAAGCAUGUCCCACAAACGAUAAUCCGGAUUUCGAAGGUCGUCCGAGGAUAAAACGUACUACAGGAAUCCCGAAAAGCUUUUUACAGAAAGUCGAAAGUGGUCAACCGGUCGAUGGACAGAAUGUCAUGGUCACUUCAGAUGGUAGCUUCGUUAUCGCUAAACCUGACAAUGCGACGUGGAAACAACACAAAUCAGUGGUCGUCAAGAACCUUUCUGCAGCAGAUAUUGAAAAUCAAAGACCAUCAGAUCCAGAUUUAGUAUGUUCAAUAUGUUCAAAGUUAUUAAAAAAUUCAGUCAAGAUGAUCUGUUGUAGUUCAAGUUUUUGUGAAAGUUGUAUCAGUAAUUAUUUAAAGUCACAUUCCUCAGUUUGUCCGGAGUGUGAGACCAAAGUAUCUUUCAACCCAUCUUCUUCGACCUCUGCCACCACUCCUAAUAACAAUAAAGCUUUUAUAAUCGAUGACGAACGAAGGAAACGAAGUGAUGACUAUAUCCAAGAGAUCCUAAAGAUUAGUCAAGCUGCGCAAUUAGAACAAGCCAAAUCGGACGAAGAUCAAGCAGCGGCGGAAGCUCCUUCAAAAUCUGGACCGGACGCACAAGAUACUCAACCUGACUCCAAACGAGACGAUGAUCCUAAAUCUCAACCGGCGCAGGUCGACGAGACCCCAUCAACUCACACCGCCGGCACUCCUCAAGCCAGUCAAACAAAGGAUGUCCCCAAGGCGUUACCGGCCGAUAAACCUACCCAAUCUAAUGGUCAAGACGCGAAGCCUCAGGGGGCCAAUUCGACCGAAGUUGCCAAGCUAUCGCCCACCGAGUCCAAGAACGCACGCUCGGCCGGACCAGGAUCCGCAGGCUCGUCCCACAUACCAAACUUGAUGAAUGGGAUGGUAGAGUUCGAAGGGUAUGGCCACAACGUGGUGAUGAACUCGAAUCAGCUCGGCUUCGGUGGCGCGAUGCAUGCCGGGAACGGGAUGUCGAUGGAGCUCGGUAACGGAAGCGGAGCGGAAGGGAUCCUUGGAGUCCAACUGAACCAGGUGACAAUGAUGCUCCAGAACCCUCAACUCAACGAGCCGAUCCGGAUGCAACUCCUCAUGCAGCAACAGAACCUACAACAACAGAUUGCGAUGCUCCAGCGUAUGGGCAACGGAACCGGGGCGACGAAUCACAUGAUGGACCACAGCAUGAUGAAUAUGGGAGCCGGGAACGGGAUGCUCAUGAACCACCCGGCCAACCACUUCGGCAACUCGCUUGGAGUUCACCAUCAGCAGCAGCAAUCGGACUUCAACCAGAACAACUCUUUCGGCCCGUUCGGGAUGGGCAACUUUCUCGGAAACCACCAGCUCGGAUUCCCCCCAAACGCGUUACACGCAGGCGGCGGCUUAGGGAUGAAGCAAGUCAACCAGAUGGCCCCGCAAUUCAAUCAGCACCAAAAACAUCACCAUCCCUCCCUCCCAUCGAACUUGCCAAGACUACCCGGGAACAAUCUUAACCAACAGAACCACUAUAACCGCCGACCUCCCCCUCAUCUUAAUAAUCUCCAACCUCCACAUCUACAGAAUCAUUCUCAAAUGUCCACCCAUACUAACUCUCAUCGUGAUACGACUAAACGUAAAAGACCUGAAGAUUUGAUCGAGCUUGAGAGCGGGGAAAAAGUCCCAAGAUAUAUGUGA